AUGUCUUACGGCGGCGGCUACGGUUCGUCAAGAGACGGCGGUUAUUCGAACGGAUACGGCGGCGGCAGCCACGGACACUCCAAUGGCUACUCAAACGGCUACUCCAAUGGCUACUCUGGUGGCUAUGGCGGCUCGAACGGAUAUUCUGGCGGCGGCGGUGACAAGAUGUCCAACCUGGGCGCAGGCUUGAAAGAGCAGAGUUGGGAUCUUGCCGCCUUGCCAAAAUUUGAGAAAUCAUUCUACCACGAAGAUCCUGCCGUCACGGCCAGACCACAACGCGACGUCGACGAGUUCCGCAGAAAGAACGAGAUCUCAAUCCAGGGCCGCAAUGUCCCUCGUCCAGUAGAAACUUUCGAUGAGGCUGGUUUCCCCAGUUAUGUCAUGUCCGAGGUGAAGGCUCAGGGCUUUGCGAAACCCACUGCCAUCCAGUCUCAGGGCUGGCCCAUGGCUCUUUCUGGUCGUGACGUGGUUGGUAUUGCGGAGACUGGGUCUGGAAAGACCCUAACCUACUGCUUGCCAGCCAUUGUUCACAUCAACGCUCAACCCCUUCUCGCUCCAGGCGACGGCCCCAUCGUCCUUGUUCUUGCCCCAACUCGAGAACUGGCUGUGCAAAUUCAACAAGAAAUCACCAAGUUUGGCAAAUCCUCCCGCAUCCGAAACACUUGUGUCUAUGGUGGCGUUCCCAAGGGUGGUCAGAUCCGCGACCUUUCUAGGGGCGUCGAAGUCUGCAUCGCUACUCCUGGUCGUCUUAUUGACAUGCUCGAGUCUGGCAAGACCAAUCUUCGUCGUGUGACAUACCUCGUUCUCGAUGAAGCCGACCGCAUGCUUGACAUGGGUUUCGAGCCUCAAAUCCGCAAGAUCAUUGGCCAAAUUCGUCCUGACCGACAGACCUGCAUGUGGUCAGCCACAUGGCCCAAAGAGGUCCGCCAGUUGGCUUCCGAUUACCUGAACGACUUCAUUCAGGUCAACAUUGGCUCGAUGGACUUGUCUGCAAACCACCGAAUUACUCAGAUCGUCGAAGUUGUGUCCGAGUUUGAAAAGAGAGAUCGCAUGAUCAAACACCUUGAACAGGUCAUGGAAGAUCGCAACAACAAAAUCCUCAUCUUCACAGGUACUAAGCGUGUCGCUGAUGACAUCACCCGGUUCUUAAGACAAGAUGGGUGGCCCGCACUCUCCAUUCAUGGUGACAAGCAACAGAACGAACGUGAUUGGGUUCUCAAUGAAUUCAAGACCGGCAAGAGCCCAAUCAUGGUUGCUACGGACGUUGCGUCCCGUGGUAUCGAUGUCCGAGACAUUACUCAUGUCUUCAACUACGACUACCCCAACAAUUCUGAGGACUAUGUUCAUCGUAUUGGCAGAACCGCUCGUGCUGGAAGGAAAGGCACAGCCAUUACACUCUUCACAACAGAGAAUGCCAAACAAGCCCGUGACCUUAUCUCUAUUUUGCAAGAUUCGAAGCAGAACAUUGACCCGCGUCUUGCAGAGAUGGCACGCUACUCUGGAGGCGGUGGCGGCGGCCGAGGAUACGGUGGUCGCGGCGGUCACCGUGGUGGUGGUCGUGGCGGCUUCACUGCUUCCAACGCUGCACCUCUUGGCCGGUCCAGAUGGUAG